CUGAGUGUCUUAGUUUUGCACAAGAAGCUUAACAUUUGUGAUCACUUUAGCGUUUUUUGAUUACAGUGGCAAACCUGCAACGUUGGUCGGCCGCUGAACAUCCAGGCCCGUCACGUCUUCACGCAUCACGCGCUGUACAAACUUUAGAACAGCAGUAAAAGCCACUUACACUGAUCCUACCAAGGUGCCUGCAUUUCAUCUCCGUUGAGGGUUCGGCCAAUUGAGGUUGCGAACCUGAACCCGAUUGAGCUCUCGGCGGUUGGGUCCAUGGCAAUUGGACCUCUGCGCGUCCCAGUCCGCGUCGCCGAGAGCUACGUCCGCCCCGGCGACGAGCAGCGCCUCUUCCCCAACUUCCAAUUCUUCCUCUCCCGCGAGGAAAUCCUCGAGGCCUGGCCCAAAGGCCAGAUCACGCACGAGAAGUUCAGUCACGGGGGCUCCUUUUGGCGGCUGGUGAAGCGGCCCAUGGCGCAGGGCAACAGCGUCUACAUGGCCGUGCUUGACGAGACCUCCCACAGCAGCAGCACCUCCGCAGCUAACGGCAGCCCCACCUCCUACGCCGCCAACGACACCACACAGCGCCUGCGCAGCAUGCCCCUAGACGCCUUCCCCGGUCACGACAUCUCCGACGUCACCGGCAGCGACCUCUCCCCCGCCUACGCCUCUUCCUCGCAACAACCCCCCCACCACGCCAUGUCCCUGCCGCCGCUCUCCGGCAACCACCACCACCACGCAGCCUCCGGCCUCCGCAGCUCCUCCGCACUCUCCCUCUCCCUCAACGCCCCAAGCUUCCGAGACCGCAACGGAAACUACGGCAACAUGGCCCUGAUCGCAAGCCAACCCUCCGGCCACCUGUCACUCCAGGGAGGCGGCCUGUCUCUGGGCUGCGGCGGUAACGGCUUCAUGACAGAUCUCCUGUCCGCAACGGAGAGCCCCAUGCCGCUGGACCGCUACAAAGCCUUCAUCCGCCUCUUCUCCAACCUCAACCGCAAUCGAGAGGCACUCUGCCUGCCUCAACCCGCGCCCGACGCACCCCCAUCCGUCGCCAGCGACCCCAACUGGGAGUCGCCGGAUGCGCAGGAGCUGGUACGGCAGAUGCUGAUGGUGGGAGAGUGCCUGGCGAAGUUUGGUACGGCAGAGUUUGUGGACGGGCGGAACAACAGCAGUCGCGCGAUCACCACCAAGGACUACGCCAAGCUGCUGCGGAUGUACCUGGAAGGGCAUGGCGCGGUGUUUCGGGAUGACUUCAUCUCGCGGCUGCCGCUGGCGCUGCAAGACGAGGCGCUGACGGUCCGGACGCUGCUGCAAACGCGGUGUGAGACCAACGACAUGCUGUUUACCCAGCUGGUGAAGCAUGUGGGUCAGGAGCCCACGGCAGGCGGAGCCAUGGUGAUCAACAACUCCUCCGUGUCCGCGAACCCCACCAACCACAUGUUGGCUGCGCCCAAGACGUUUGUCAACACGGUGUCCAAUGCCUGGUCCAAGGCGGAUGUGAAGCGGCGCACGCAGAUGGGCGCAGUGGGGGCGGUGGCGGUGGUGGCGCUGUGGGUACUCAAGCGGAAGCUGUUUGGGGGAGGAGGAGGCGGCGGGCGGUCGCGGCGGGGCGGGCGGGAGGAGUCGGAAUGGGGCGGUGGCAGCAGCCGGCGAAGCAGCCGCAUCCGAGGCAGUGCCGACCUAGCUGCCCGCCUGCUGGACGAGCGGGCCGCCGCAGAGCGCAUGGCCGUACGCUUCAUCGCCGCAGCGCAGGACGAGCUUCGACGCGCGACGCACAACGACCAACUGCUCCGCAACGACUGGCGUUUGGGCCCCAUCCGCCUGGCGCCCCCUGGCAGCGGCCCCGUGCCCGCGGGAUAUGAGCCGGUGCAGACCGGGUACUGCUCCGUUGGGGCUUAUAUGAACGCCCUGGAUGGUGGGCCGCCGUUUGCACUGCCGUACGGGGUUCCGGAGCGGCAGCAGAGCAGUGGCGUUGGGGCUGUGGCGGUACGGGAGGCGGCGCAGACGGCGGCUGCGGAGUGAAUGGGGGAUGUGGAGAAUGGGGAUUUGAGGAGGGAGGGGAUAAGGAGUUGUGGUGGGACGCGGGAUGUGUUGGGAAUUGGAUGGGUGCGGUGCGGUGGGUUUGUCUGGGUGCUGGUGUGUUGGUGUGAUGUGCAGGUGAGUGUAUACUACGCAGGAGUGGUUGCGUUUACGUCGUUUUGUAGGUUUGGCUAAGUGGUAAGCUUUGCAGUCAAAGCUGACAUGCCGGAAUAUACAAGUUCAUUGACAAGACAUCGGGCUUUUCGCCCAGGCCAUGUUGGGUACCUUAGCAUGUUGAGGCUUAGGAACUGUAGACCUUGUCGUACAUGUCACGAUCAGCUUGCGCCUUAGGUAGUCCACGGGAGCUGACCUGGCUCCCCUUUUGCACCGUUAGGUUGGGGAACGAGAAGAGAAAGACAUGGUUGCGGAAGCUGGGUAGGGAAGGCCUUUGGCGGUAGCUUGCAGUGGACGAGUGGAGGCGGUUGGCAGUAGCUGCCAGCAAGAGAAUAUACCAGUUGUGUUGGGGCCCCAGCGUGGCUGAGCAUGCGCAUAAAAGAGGGCGUUGUUGAGGGCCCUACUCUACGAGCGCGAUGCGAAACAGGCGCUGACUGCUUACGGUAGGAUUGCACUGUGGUAGGGUGCUGCCGGGAGGUUUGCGCCAGCAGAACGGACUUGUUCAGGUUGUUGUUACGGUUUCCCGGCUUUUGUAGUGGCUGAACGGGACACGUUGUAAGAAACAGUUGCGUACCAUACGGCGUGGGCAUGUCCGCAACAACAGCAGUACGGCACGUAUCUGCGCUGUACGACACCGUUAACGUACGCUUUCGGGGCAAUCUUGCAUCCUUCAACAGGAUACUCCUGCAGGUUGCUCUAGAAGUUGUGAUCAUGAACAAGCCUUGCUGUAUUGCAUAAUCGGGAAUUGUUAUCUCGAACAGUUGAAUGACAAGUACCCGGUAACUUAUGCACAAUGAUUAAGUUAGCUUCAGUUAUCCUUGUGCUUGCUUCCACUGUCACAGCUCUGAUGCAAAGCAACAGUGAUUCCGAAGAGGUCUUAAUUGGAUGGAAAGGCGAAACCUAUGAAGCUUCAGGUGGUAGCAAGAAGGCAGAUCGAUAUGGAACGGAACCAUGGGUGGAAACCAUAUCUUGGAACCCGAGGGCCUUCGUAUACCACAACUUUAUGUCAGAAGCGGAGUGCGACCACCUAGUCCAUAUUGGGACGCAACGGGUGAGCCGCUCCCUAGUCGUUGACGCAAAGACGGGUGCAAGCAAGUUCGAUGACAUUCGGACAAGCUUUGGAGCAGCCUUCGGCCGUGCCGAGGACCCGGUCAUAGCGGAGAUCGAGGAGCGGAUAGCGGAGUGGACCCACCUGCCGCCGGAGUAUGGAGAGCCCAUGCAGAUCCUGCGAUAUGUGGACGGCCAAAAGUACGACGCCCACUGGGACUGGUUUGACGACCCGGUGCACCACAAGGCCUACCUGCUGGACGGCAACCGAUAUGCCACCGUCGUGAUGUACCUGUCGGAUGUGGAGUUCGGCGGGGAGACCAACCUGCCGCUCGCGGACGCCAUCGACCUCUCCCAGCAGACCCUUGCCAACGCCUCCAAGUGCGGCGCCGAGUGGGGCAUCAGCGUCAAGCCGCGCAAGGGCGACGCGCUGCUCUUCUUUGACAUGGACAUCCAGGGACAGCAGGGGGACCGAAAGACGCUGCAUGCGUCCUGCCCCACACUCAAGGGUACCAAGUGGACCGCCACCAAGUGGAUCCACAACAAGGUCUACAUGGGCAAGUACGACCCCAUGAAGGUGGCGGGCGCAUGCACCGACCGAGCCCGCGACUGCGCAGCCCGAGUGGCGGCGGGCGAGUGCUCGUCCAACAUGUCGUACAUGGUGGGGCUGGAGGGCAUGUGUCGUAAGAGCUGCAAGGAUUGCGUGGAGUGUGCGGCGGGGGACAUGCUGUGUGCGCGGCGCAACAUGCGGAGCUUGGUGGCAGCACGGGCUGCUGCUGCUGCUGGUGGGGGGUCGAGAGCGGCGGGGGCGGGGGUGGCGGCAAAGCAUGGCAGCAGGGCUAGCAGUAGGUAUUGAGGAAGGAGGAGGGAUUGGAAGGAAGCGCGUGCGUAGCGACGAAGCCUGGAAGAGCAGGGAAGCCAGGGAACGGUUGGGAAAGAUCCGGUCGCGAGCUGUGAGGUGAGGUGUAGACAUGCGGGCUUCUUGGUAUUGUGUGAUUUGGGUUUGAAGUAUUUGCGCGCGAGUUAUGCGUGCGGAUGUGAAUUGUGGGCAUUGGGUCGCGUUUUGCCGCCUGCGGCAGCGGACGAGCGUUGGCACUUGAGUGAGCGAUUCCUGCCUUUACGAUGAUAUGAGUAGUUGUGUACAUGCGUCGGUGACGAGUCGUCGCACAAGGCAGUACAGACACGCUACGCGCCUGUGAUAAAGGUACAAGGAACGCUGCAGUGACAUCGGGUGCGUUGGGGCUGUCAUGGAGCGUUGGGGCGCGGGUGUAUAUGACUUACCGAGUAUGAGUCACG